AUGGUUUGGCUUUCAACAAAGAUAUCACAAAUUGGCCAAACUUCUUUAACUGCGACUGUUGAAUUAUUGCAAUUAUCUCACAAAUUGAGACUCAAGCCGGAAUAUAUAAGGCUUCACAAUGUUUACGGUAUAGAAUCCUUGUGGAUGAAUCAACUCGCAGAGAAACAGGUCGAAGGGCUCUUUAAUAAACUAGAUUUAAAGACCCACCCAAAUAUGAUGCAAGACCUAAAGCAAUCAAAAUUACGACUUUCGUUUGGAGAUAUUGAUGAAAAAAAUAUUGCUUUAGGACUUUCGAAAGUUCGUACAAACCGUAAAAAGCAAUCAGCGGGAUUAGUUCAAGACG